AUGAUAUCUAACCAAUCUUUGGAUGCGUUUAUGGAUCGUCUGAUGGCAGAGGAUGACAUCGAGCUGGAACCAAUGAGUAUGGAAUUGGAAAUGCAGAAUGAGCUUCCAGAUCUUCCAAAUCCCAAUCUCAAAAUGCUUGAUACUAAUGGUACUGGUAUUACCCCUAACAGCCACGAUGCUAGUUUGGUGAACCUGUUCCUCCAGCCUCAUCUUGAGUCUCAGCAGCAGUUAUCAGUACCAUCUGUAAUGUCGUCUUCCACCCUCCCUGCUGGCAUUGUUUGCACGGUCACUCCCGAAGGUAACCACAACAACUUUUCUCCUCCGAGCUCCAUUAUGGAAUUGCAUGGUGCUCCAAUGGAAGAAGAAACGCAAGAGUUUGUCAUUUCCCCCUUGCUGCAAGCUUCUUCUCUCUUUGAAACGACCAUUCCCGAAGGAAAGCCGGUUGUGCCACAGAUACAUCUAUUGGGACCUCAGGGAACUCUCGUCAACUCGGACUCGAUGGAAUUCGUGCAAGAGACUACUAAUAAUAGUUUACCGGUAUUUGCAAGUACCAAUCCUCCUGCUCCUCUGGCUGCUACCGUUCCUGCCAUACCUGAGGAGGGUACCGGUAUCCUACCAAGCGAACCCAAACGCAAACGAGGACACCACCGUCGAGCUGUCACCAAGGGUAGCUUUGACUUUUUGUAUCGACAGCAAGAACUAGAGCACCGGCAACAGGCGGCGGCGGCCGCUGUGGAAAGUGAAUUUGGACCCAUGGAACCACCCAAGCACGAUCCUCUCAAUGUCAUGGCACAUUCCUUUCUCAAACAGGAACAGCUACGAUUGACCGUACAGGACGCAAAUCCCGAGCCCAUGCCGUCCGCUGCCAUACCCGAUCCUCUCGACUUUUUGAAUCCAACCACGGCAUCCAGCACAGUACCCCCCGCCGUGGGGGCUCCUGCUCCAACCGUGACACACAGCAACGUCAUUGUCUUGGAUCAGGAGGACGACAAUCAGAAUCCAACUGUCAAGCCUACGGCAUCCGCCACCCAAACAGAUGCAGCGCCCCAACAAGGACCCAGCCGGUUGAGUCGCUUCUUGGAUCAUUUGCAGGCUCAAGCCGAUGCACACGCGGCAAUGCUCGUCCGGCAGCAACAGGAACAGCAUGGGGGACAGCCCUCCAACCGCAACAAGAGGCAACGUCACCGUCGAGUAGUCUCCGACAUGGGGCCUCAGCAUGUGCCAUUGUUCUCCUUUGAUGAUGUCAUGAUUGCCAUGAACGACUAG